GCCUUUCGGUGGCGACCGAGAUGGUUUCCCACCACAAAUGGUCGUGAUUUUUACCUUUUUUAGGGGGGGGGGGUGAUUUCGUCGGUCGGGAACAACUUGAACAGACGAUCCAACACAACUCUGACACUCGUCGUGUACUGUUGGCUAGUCCAAACUCGCUAGCGAAACUCCCUCCCGCUUUAUUCCUCCUUCCCUUUUCGGGGUUUAAUUCUACCCGCCUCCACCUCUCUCUCUCUCCGUUCGGCAGCAGUAGUGAACGGAGGGCCUCGAUCGAUCGCUCCUACCAACCCCUCCCUCUUCGGCCAUCUUUGUUGUUCGACCCAGUCCGAAGCGUCCUCUCUUCUCUAAACCACCCCACCCCACACACUAUCGAUUUCCCAUCGAAUCAAUUCAGACGAAUUUCUUUUUUCUAAAACUCUUCUAAUCAAUACGGAAUAUUACGCAUAAUAUUUCAUAUCCAAAUUUUAAAAAUAAAUUAAUUUUUUCAUCAACGAUGGAAGCCUUACUAGGGGAAAAAGGAUUAUUUUAUUUUUAUUCGGCAGCUGUUACAACUACGACCCCCAAUGAGAAAUGGAACCAUUAUUCAUCUCUACAGCCGGUCUACAGAUUUUACACAAAUAAAAUACAAACAUUCUAUAGGAUCACCGUUUCUUUCAGCCACGUAACCCUUUUUAAAUUUUAAUAAUCUUAUUGAAACGGAUAAUUGAGACAUAAAUUCUAAAAAUUGGAAAGGGCUAUCAAAUGAAUCGUUGUUUUGAAAUGGGAAAGGCUUGUCUUCUGUUAUUUCCGACAAAUAUCCAAGACAAGCAGCCAUACAAGUUUAAAUAUAGCGAGCCGAUACAGAAAUAGAGCGCAAGUUGCCAGAUGUGUGUGUGUACGUGGGUACGUAAAGAAACGGUGCACACAAAAGGUUGCAUUACUGCCUUGGCCUCCCAGCCAUUGCCCAAUAUGCAGAUUCAUUUAUAUCCCUAGUCAUUACAAGGAGAUUACGCUUCAACAUCGAGUAUUGAUGAUAAAAGUUUCAAAUUCAACUGGUUUUGGCGCUAACCGUCCAAAGGUCCUCCGACUAUGGCAAGAAAUCACCCCUCUGGCAAAUGGCCGCCAUUGUGAUUUGAUGGAGUUUGCGCACUAUAGAGCACUGCAGACGAAAACCAACACCCAUCCCACUCAAGUGAAUAAAUAACAUUUACUUACGAUAGUAAAGGUAGUUUCCAAGCUGAGAAUUGCAAUUCAUCGAGGAGCACUUUUAUAUAGGACUUCUGUACCAAGACUUGAACCAAUAUGACACCUAGCGGAAUUUGUUGGUAUUUGAUGCUGGAUUUGAAUUUUAUUCGUCUGCUCCUUUUCAGCUUGUUAGGCCUUAAGUGAAAUCAAACGGAAAGUUAUUGGAAAGAGCCGAGUCCAUCUAGACAGUCAGUAUUGGCGUUGGACAGCACCUUCUUUCCACCUGCACUCAAAAUGUUCAGAUCUGAUAAUGACAUGAGUAUGAGUAUGAAUGAGCCGCGAAUUCAAAGACCUUUUUCGCACAAUCAUCAGCAGGGUUUACACAUGCUACCGCCUCAAGUGUCUGAACCAUCUUUAUUUUCUGAAGAUAUUUCAUUUCCUUUUAAAGAAGUAUUUCAACCAAGAUCAACUGUUGCUCAGACAUCGCCUGUUAAAAGUCCAGGUUUCAUUCCACAGCUGACUCCACUUUCAGUCCUCAAAAAGACAUCAAGCUGGCCACAAAAAACAUCACCUUGCAGUUGUAAAACAUCUCCAUUCAACAAUAGCACUAUUACAUCUCCAUCUGUUGAUCCUGAAAUCAAAGAGCUUAUUCAGGAUCAAAACAGACAACUUAAUCUUCUUCAAACACAAGUUAAACAGCUUCUUCAUUAUCAAGAAAGGCUGCAGGACAAGCUUGGAGAGAAAGAAAGAGCUAAUGGAGCUACUCAAACUUCAUCGUACUUUGAUGAUGAAAGUCCUAACUAUAACCCCUCUCCAGUGAGAGUCUUCCCCCGUUCCAACAAUGGCUCUCCUUCAAUGCGUCAACCACAGGAUCGCACUGAAAUUACUUUGACGUUCAGAGAUCUCCAGCUUGAGACAAUUGUGGAGCAGCCACCAAGUCCACAGCCUUCUUUUGUGGUCAACAUGCAAGACUAUCAAGAAUCAGUUUCUGAAGAGUUUGACGACAGCAUUGACUCUUGUGUCAAUGUCAUGGAACAUGUUCAAAAGUUGUUGGCACAAGCCAACACAAAAGAGGUUCAAAGACCUCUGAUUGAAAAACCACAGGAAAUGUUGCAUGUUCUGAAUGAAGUACCCGAAAGGCUUUUAUUCAACGGCAGUGCUCCUCCGGACAACCCUGUUCGUAAAGUAACGAUGCAACGAGUACAAGAGUUAGGAAUCAGUUUUAUCAAUCCAUUUCCCGCUAAUGCUCCUCGCAAUCCCAUCUAUUACCCCCGUUCCAACUCCAGAAACAACCACAUGUGGGACGUACGUAAAGAAACGGAUCAAAGUGUGGAAAUGCAGCGUUUGGCCGAAAAAUACCUAGGACAAUCGAAACAGCAAGAAAGUAAAAAAAUUGACUUUACGUAUAAAAAUUCGCGAUCGGUGGAAAUGAGUAUGUCAUCUCAGCAAUAUCUUGAGCGGUAUGGUCUUCAAGAAGAUACGGAAUACUCUUCGCGUUAAUUGUUGGUGAUGUUUAACUCACCUUGAACCAAUUUUCAUUUUAGCUUACUGAUUUUCUGAGUAUUAAAUUAUAAAUAGAAUAAAGUAUGUUUGACUAUGUAUUUCAUUUAUUAUGUACAGCCCCAAUUUAAAUUUACUAAUUACACAGAGAAACUUUCUCCACA